AUGGCGGCGUCCGGCCUGCUGCCCGUGACCCCCGACCUGCCCACACUGCGAGCCAAGCUGCAAGGACUGCUGCGGUUCCUCGGGGACGCCCUGGCCAUUGCCAACGCGCACACGGUGGACUUCUACACCGAGUCCCUGUGGGAAGAGCUGGUGGACCUGGCCCCGGAGGCGGCGCUCGCGGCGCUGCAGCUGCGGCGGGAGGCCGGGCCGUGGGACGCGCAGCCCCGGGGGCACGCGGCGGCGGGACCAGGUGUUACUAAUUUUCCCAAAAUAUUUAGUGAAACUUCUCAGAAGCUGGUGAGUGCAGAAGCUUUCGCUCUGGCUGCAAAAUAUUUUUCCCCGCAGAACUUGGGAAUAUGUACUCCUUUUGAGCAGUUGCUUAUAGCCCUUCAAGGAAAGGAGCAGCAGAGAAGUGGUGAAAAUGUGAAGCCAGUUGAUUUUAUGAAUAUGAAAAAAUCUCAUGAAGUUCAAGCAAUGUCAGAACUGAUCAGUAGUAUUGCUGGUUACUAUGGAAUAAAGCAGGUAAUCGACUUGGGUUCUGGUAAAGGCUAUCUAAGCUCCUUUUUGUCGCUGAAGUAUGGCUUAAAAGUUUAUGGAAUUGAUUCCUCAAAUACUAAUACUCACGGAGCUAAGGAGAGAAACAGGAAAUUGAAGAGGCGUUGGAAAUCCCAUCAUCCUCAGUCAAGAUUGGAUGUCAAUGGAACCACAUUACAAACAUCAAGAGGAACAACAGAGCAAAGUGAAAUGAACUACAGAGCAGAUAUUGAGGACGUUUGUAGCAUCAGACCAGCAAAUAAAGACAAAACAGCAACUUCAGAUUGUUUUCCAGCUGUUUCAGAUUCUGUAAUUUCUAACAUCAGAAAACAAAUGGAACACCUAUGUACUCAACCACAUUUAGAAGAAAAUUGUUUGGAAAAUGAUUUUUCUCUUAUAAACCUUUUCCCUAUUAAUGAAACAGAGGCUGCUUCUUCAUCCAAAGGACCCAGCAAAGGAAAGGAAAUGCCGGAAACAAGUCACGGGAGAAGAAAUACGACGGCAAAGUCAAAUGACUCAAAUAUAUAUUCACCUUUAACUUCUUUUAUCACUGCUGAUUCAGAACUACAUAGCAUUAUUGAAGAUCUUGAGGAUUGUUUGCUGGUAGGCCUUCAUACCUGUGGUGAUCUUGCUCCAAAUACUCUGCGAAUAUUUGCUUCCAACUCUGAAAUCAAAGGCGUUUGCAGUGUGGGUUGUUGCUACCACCUCCUAUCUGAAGAGUUUGAAAACCAACCCAAAGAUAAAUGUCCUCAAGAAAAGUGGGGCUUUCCAAUGAGCUGCUAUUUAAAGGAAGAGAAGUGGUGCUGUGGUCGCAAUGCCAGAAUGUCAGCCUGUUUGGCAUUGGAGAGAGUUGAAGUUGGCCAAGGGCUGCCUACUGAAUCACUAUUCUAUCGUGCUGUUCUUCAAGUCAUUAUAAAAGAUUGUUAUGGAAUCACCAAAUGUGAGCAACAUGUUGGUAAAAUUUAUUCCAAAUCUUCUUCCUUUCUGGAUUAUGUCAGAAAGUCUUUAAGAAAGCUUGGACUAGAUGACUCAAAGCUACCAGAAGAUCUUAUAAUGGACUAUUACCAGAAGUAUAAGCCUAGAAUGAAUGAGUUGGAAGCUUUUAAUAUGUUGAAAGUUGUUCUGGCUCCUUGUAUAGAGACCUUGAUUCUUCUAGAUCGGCUUUGCUACCUUAAAGAACAGGAAGAUGUUACGUGGUCUGCGCUUGUGAAGUUGUUUGAUCCUGUUGCGUCUCCCAGAUGUUAUGCCGUUCUUGCCCUGAAGAAGCAGGAGUGAUCUAAGUUGAAGCAAAUUAUUAGGUAUAUGUUUGUCAGAAGUGUUGCAAAGAUUACAUUUGUAGGCAUUUAUGUCGUGCAAAUAUUUUAAAAUAAUAACUAUGCAUUUUAGAUAAACAGUGACGUAAUGGCUAACAGAAGGCCAUAUUCCAUUUUUCCAUUGCACAGGUACACACUAAUAAAUAAGAACUCAUGGAAAUAUUACAGAGAGUCGACCUGCGUUCCUGAGUUGCUAUGGCAGUUGGACAUUGUAUUCUGGGUUUUCAUUCUUGUCCUGUAUUUGAGAUCUUGAUAUUUAUUACAGUUCACAUUUUGACUUUUAAUGAAUAAAACAGAUGAAAGGCACAAAUGUAGAUAGAAUUUAAAUUAGCUGUAUUUGAAAGUCCUUUGCAUUUUUCUAUACAUUUUGGAAAAUUUGUCCACAUGACCGGAAGGGAAAAUCUACUUCUAAAAGGAAGAACAACCCAGGAACCAGGCCAGCUAUUAAAAGUGCUUAAUAUAAAGCACAUUUUGCACCAUGCUUUAAUCUAAUUUGCAUCUUAUAGUCUCUCCUCUUAAAGAAAUAUGCAUCUUAUAAGUGAGAAACUCACUCUAACAAUGUAUGAGGCUGUUUAUCUUUUUAAAACAAGGUGAUGGCUUGGCAUGUAAUAGAAGUAUGUUUUAUAAAAGGAAAUCUUGAGUAAAACAAGAGUACACGGAAGGAAGCCAGCACCCUGUUCCAUAUGGAGCAAAUCCCUUUCCUUAGGAGAAUACUUGUGGUUUCUAUUGCACAUAGAGAAGAUAGAAAGCUGGGCUCGAGGGUUCUUCAUGCUCACCUACAGAGAUUUUCAAACACUUCAAAGAUGAAAAAGUAACUUUUAUAAAGUUUGAGUAUCUCCAGAGCUGAGAAGAGCACUUGUUUUGCUAUACAUUAUAGUACUGACACUCAGUUGGCAGGCAGUAUGUACGUGAGUGAGCAGGUACUUUGUACAGCUGUAAAACAUGAGGAAGAAAAGUCAUAGUAAAAUUUUUAUUCUGAAAAAUUAUCCAAAAUUGGCCCUUAGGAUAUGAGAAUCCUAAUUUCAACAUGUAUCAGUAUAGAGUUAUCGCUGUAAAGUACAUGCGCAGAUGCUACACCCAUGCCUUCUUCCCGAGAGACUUUUGAGCAAGCACUUCAGGUAACAUGAGUGGAUUUCAGAACAU